UUCCAUCUUUGUGGAGAAACAUCGCAUUAACCAUAUUUGACUAGAUCAUUAGAUACUUCCACAUUGCUUCACUAAGCACAGUCCAAUCCGGUUUUUCCAGUUCUAUGCUCUCCAUAGGCAAAUAAGGGAAGAGACAUGAAAGCAGUUUAAACCAAUCAGAAGUCUAUGAAGUUGAUCUACGGAAAAAUCAGGAAAUGAACGUUGACGCAUUAGACUUCAUGUCAGCUAUUCUGUCUAGUCAGUUCGACACUUUUAGUCAAGAGAUCUAUUUUAGUCUAGAAGCAUGUAGCCAUUGUUACUUUACAGAUAAUAAGGCAGGAUUUACUGAGGUGAUUUCUGACAAAUAGAAAGUGAAAGUUAGCCGUACACACUCAAAGUUUCCAGCCAAGUGACUGUUUCUGUGAGAGUAGGAUGGCAUCUAAAAGCUCUCUUCCUGAAGAGGAUUUCACCUGUCCUGUUUGCUUUGACAUUUUUAAGGAUCCCGUCCUUCUUUUGUGCAGUCACAGCUUCUGCAAAGACUGCCUUCAGAAGUUCUGGAGAGAGAAGAAAUCUAAAGAGUGUCCAGUUUGUAGAAGACAAUCUUCAUUGGAUGAUCCGCCACUGAAUUUGUCUUUGAGGAACUUAUGUGAGUCUUUCCUGAAGGAGAAGAGUCAGAGGGAUUCAGGAGGGUCUGAAGUGCUCUGCAGUCUGCACGGUGAGAGACUCAAGCUGUUCUGUCUGGAGGAUAAACAGCCCAUAUGUGUGGUGUGUCAGGCUUCCAGGAAACACUCAGGACACCAGUUCCUUCCCAUAGAUGAAGCUGCACUAGAUUAUAAAGAACAACUCAACGCUGUACUGAAGCCCUUGCAAAAGAAACUAAGAGAAUUUGAACAAGUUAAAAAAACAUGUGACCAAACAGCCAGUCACAUUAAGGUCCAGGCCCUUCAGUCAGAGAAGCAGAUCAAGGAGGAGUUUGAGAAGCUUCAUCAGUUUCUGAAAGAGGAAGAGGAGGGCAAAAUAAGAGCACUGAAAGAGGAAGAGGAGCAGAAGAGUUUUAUUAUGAAAGAGAAGAUUGAAGAAUUGAGCAAGGAGAUGUCCACUCUUUCAGAUACAAUAACAGCCAUUGAGAAGCAGAUGGUUGCUGAAGACAUAAUCUUCUUACAGAACUUCAAGGCUACCAUAGAAAGUUCUACGUGCACACUGCAAAAACCACAGAGAGUUUCAGGAGCUCUGAUUGAUGUGGCAAAGCACCUGGGCAACCUGAGGUUCAGAGUCUGGGAGAAGAUGAAGGACAUAGUUCAGUUCAGUCCUGUAGUGUUGGACCCAAACACUGCAGAACCAUCGCUCAUCAUUUCUGAGGAUCUGACCAGCUUUAAAAGGACAUAUUCUGGACAGACACUCCCUAAUAAUCCAGAAAGAUUUGAUGUCUAUGGCUGUGUCCUGGGCUCUGAGGGCUUCAACUCAGGGUCACACUACUGGGAUGUUGAAGUUGGAGACAGUACACACUGGUCUGUGGGUGUGACCACAGAGUCCAACCAGGGGAAGGGGAUCAUCUCAUGGUUCAGAGUGUGGCGUGUGGGGUAUGGACCGUGGUGGGAUGAUAUAGGACCUGUGCAUAAAUUGAAACAGAAUCUCCACACACUCAGAGUGCAUCUGGAUUUGGAUAAAGGACAGCUGUCAUUCUCUGAUCCUCUACAAAAUACAUACUUGCACACUUUCAAACACACAUUCACUGAGAAAGUCCUUCCCUUCUUCUGCAGCCCCGAAUCACCGCUGAGUAUUUUACCACUGAAGCCCUCGGUGACCAUUGAACAACGCAGACUAUGUUGA